AUGAAAGAAUUUUCUUUUCUAGCUCACACACCUUUACUGCGGUGGAAUUCAACUGGUAUUACUAUAAUCGGCACAACAGGUUAUUCAGGAAAUACUACUAGUCAAUUGUUUCUUCCUUGGGGUCUUGCAUUCGAUUGGUCAAAUGCAUUAUAUAUUACUGAUCAAAAAAACAAUCGAGUUCAGAAAUUUUUGAUGGGCACGUCGACAGGUACAACAGUUAGUGGCCAUGGAAAUGGAACAGGCAGUUCAACUUUAAAUGGUUUACUUGGACCUUUAGGUAUUAUUGUCGACGAAAAUAGUAAUAUUUAUGUAUCUGAUAACGGCAAUAGUCGCGUUAUGUUUUGGCCGAGUAGUGUAUUAUCUCCGUCAUUAUUUGCUGGUAAUGGUACUGCUGGUAGUUCAAUGAAUCAAUUGAAUGAUUCAUUCGGUCUUGCACAUGAUGCAAGUUCAGGUGCAAUUUACAUAGCAGACUCUGCCAAUAAUCGAAUUAUGCGUUUUUUUCCUAACAAUUCUUCAGGUACGCUAGUUGCUGGUGGAAAUGGUAAUGGAAUAAACAAUACACAACUAUCAAUACCUCAGGCUGUUCAUUUUGAUUCAUUGUCGAAUAGCCUUCUUAUUGCAAAUACAGGUGCUCACAAUAUUGUUCGUUGGGUAUUAGGUGCUAGUCAUUGGACCCUUGUUGCAGGCAGCAUUGAUGGAUCAAAUGGUACAUCAUCGACACAUCUCUAUUCUGCCUCACAUGUGACACUCGAUCCGAUGGGUAAUAUGUAUGUAGUCGAUAGAAGAAAUCAUCGAAUUCAAUUCUUUCCAGUUGGUGAAUCGAAUGGUACAACCAUUGCUGGCAUGACUGGUAUAGCUGGCAACAAUUCUAGUCUUCUUAACUUUCCGACUUCGUUGGCACUCGAUAAUCAACUCAAUUUGUAUAUCGUAGAUCGUUCGAACCAUCGAAUACAAAAAUUCUUACGUUAUUAA